UCCUCAACAAUAAACUCGAGACAUUCUCUGGAAGUCUGUCUCUGUCUCUUCUCGCUCUCGCUCUCUCCUCUCUCCUGAGUCCUGACCCGUGGAAGAAGCAGGCACUCCAUCCACUCACCUUUAGUGGUUCCAGGACCUGCUGCUAUCAGAUAGCGAACGACAGCGCAGCUACACAGUCAAGAACAGUCUCCUCUCUCUCCUCCGUUUCUCUGCUGGGAGGUGUAUGAAUAUCAGUUGGAGAAGAGAUAGUGUCAUUCAUAUGUUUACUCGUGAAUAUCAGCAACCAUAUCCAUUAUAAUAAUUUUAACACAAAGUCAUAUUAUUUUUAAUUCAGACCUACAGACAAUAUGUACUCCUCAUCGACCCUUUCCUCCUCCUCCUCUCCCUCAUUCACCAACAGACGUGGGAACAUCAAGUUCUCAUCGGCAAAAUUCUCAACUGCUUUGCCACGUCCACGAAGGACAGGAGGACUCCUCUCGUUUCGUAGCACCAGAAGAUCAGCACCACGACCGACUCGUGUCAAGGCAAUAUUUGACAGCAUUCUUAAAGGAUAUGUUGAUGGUAUUGGUGCUGUCAAAGGUAUUGUGGACAGUAUGAAAGAGCAGCUGCCAUCAGAAGAGGACCAGUUUACUCAAUCAAUCAGCAGCAGACAGCACUACUUCAUGGAUAGAGAUAAAAGUUUAAAAGCUUUGGAACGUAAGAUCAGGACAUUAGAAGUACAGAAAGACAGGAUUGAGGAACUCAGAGAUGAAUAUCUCCUCAAACUAAAGCUGAGAGAAGGUGCUUUUAAUCUGGCACAGGCACUGUCUAACAGACCUUCAAGAACUGGCAAGGAGAAGUUAAAUGAAGCAAGGAUUGAACAGAAAGAACUUUCUGAGGAUCUUUGUGACAUUGAAGAUGAACUUGAAACAAAGCUUGGAGUGUUUAAAGUCAGAAUUAAUAAUUUCUCCACUUUACCUCGGACCACAACAGCGAGUGAAGUGAUAGAGACACAACUGAAACUGUCCAGUCAAAAAUGGAAGGCAAAGUGUAAGAUUGGAAAACACCAGCAGCAAAUGUGGCAAGACAAUGACAUAUUUUUGUUGUGCAAGUUAACGGACGAAUUAUUUUUAAAAGUUAUUGAAGUGAAGAGGAUUCAAGGAAAUAAUUUGAUUGGCUCCGUCAAGUGUCAGACGAGAGAAUUCUUUACCUUUUCACCUCAAGUUGUCACAGUAACUCUACCAGCUGUCCAUAAUAUUAAAUUGAACCUUGAGAUAAGAUGGAGUCCAUUGAUAGCUGAUGAUUUCUUAUCUGAUCUUGAUCUUAAACCCAUUUAUUGUCACAUUGGUGCUCCUAUAGCCCCAGGACCUCACAGGCUAAGUAAUGUCUCAAGGUCUCAUGGUAAAGCUGGUUCUAGAGAUAAAGAAAAGAAAAGAUCAAAAGAUAGUUCGAUUGAAAAGAUACGAAUAAGAACUGAGUCUCCUGAGCUCUUGUUCAAGAGUAGCGGCAGUUUUGAUGCUAAAGCUGAAAAGGCUCGUCCAAAAAGUACCUCAGACUUGCUGAGUAAGCAGAUUAUUCCACCUGACCUGAACGAUGUCAAGAGAGUAUCAAAGAACAGAAUGUUUGAAAGUUCUUUAUCCCAACCUUCUGAUUCUUCCCCUCUCCUCCAGCGACACCAGAGGAGCAGUAGUGCCGGUUGUCGUACAGCUGCUAGAGUAUCAGUAUCAGGUGUGAGCUCGGAUCAUGAGAUUGUUAGUUUAGAAUCAACAGGAUCUGAAGGGGGCGGGGCAGGGGGAGGGGCUUCUCCAGGGAACACAGUUCGUCCUCAGAAUAUCUCAUUAUCCUCUCUACUGGAGUCAGUGCUGCUGGCUCUUGAGGAACCUAAAGAGCAGUACAACGAGCUGAGAGCAUUAGAGACUCAACUAAUGAGACUACAGACUGCUUUAAGAGGAGGUAGAUUGGUCAAGGCUCCAUCAGUGACUCUUAGUGAGAGCAAUGCUCUUGAUUCUUUUGAUUUCUUAGACACUGGACUCACCUCUGGGGAUGAGCCCUCAGAUCAAAGAAGAGGCUCACACCAGCUCGCUCAGAUAUCAGAGGGCGUGGCAAUGGGUGGAGCUUCACCAGCGUCAACCCAUACCGGCAGUACAAAGUCCCUGGAAGGUACCAAGACAGAGUCUUUCAGUGACUUUAUAUCGUUACAAGAAGAACUGUUGGCAUCAUCAAGCACUGAUGGGAAGAGGGAACAGGCCUCUCUCUCUCCUACUGCUGACGGGGGCCCUGUUGUUGUCAAGGAGACGACAGGAAGUGAGUCAAUAGAUCGGGUUUUAAUGCAGCACCUCCUCCACUGUGAAUUCUUAUUACAACACUUACAGGCUAUAGGUCCUCUUAACCACAAACUGUCCGUUGGACUCAAGAAGUUGUUUCAUGAGGCGGAGAUCAUACGAGACUUGUUGAACUAUGCAGCCGAUGUUGAGAACAUUCCAAGAAUAGAACAAAUUCUGCCCGAGUUAGCUGCUUCAGAUCAUCUGUUUCGUUUCUGGAAGUCUGUGGCCGUCAAAGAUGAUGAUCUGUGUGUUAGUUGCGGCCUCUUUGUGAUUGCACUGGACGAGAAGUACGGACAAGGACUUUGGACUGACUUCCCUGAGAUUGCAAAUAAAGUAUUUUCUGAAUUAUUAACUCGAGUGCUUGAUCUUGAAGGAGACGAGUGUGAUCCGGUUGAAAAUAAAAUGGCAGUCACUGUAUAUCAGUACUGCUCCUUCUUCCUUCAAAUUGGCAGCACUAAAGCAAUACCCAAAGCAUUGAAGGAGAUUGCACAAGAAAUGAGUAUAACUGAGGGGCUGCGAGAUGGUGACGCUGAAUCAAGGGCGAAAAUAGCAGGCCUAUUGCCUACUUAUCCGUUCAAUCAUGGGGCACUAAUUGCAGCUGCUUAUCUGAUGACUGAUAGACAAACUAAAGAUGCAGCUGUGGCUUAUUUGAGUAACUUUGCUGGUAACAGUCCCUGGAGAGCUAAGGCUAUACAGUAUUACAUUGAAUCGUUGGAGCAUUCUGAUCAGGCAGUCCGUAUUGGGGCUUGUCAUGCACUUGGACAAUUGAAAGCGGAACAAGCGGUGAAGCAGCUGAAGUAUUUGGAGAAGGUUGAUUUCUCUCCUGUCAAGGCAGCUGCAAGUCAAGCACUGAGAGAACUAGAUGAUUCUUUAUCAAAAGAGGGAUCUGUCCUUACCGUCUCUCUAGUGGAACGAGGAGGAGGAGGAGGAGGAACACCUGCUGAUCCCUUUCUUGUUAAAUUAGGACAAUUCAAUGGAAAACUGAGUGGAGCCUCAGGAGGCAUGGCAGAUAUACCACGUACAAGAAGUGCCGAGUGUAUAUUAUUGUUGGACUCAAAUGACUACAGAACAAAAUUAUAGUUUAAAUAAAUAUAACCAUCGUCUAUAAUAGUAAUGCAUAAUUUUAUUUCAAAAUCUACUCUCACUCCCUCUCUUUCUCUUUACAGAUUUUAUCACUUGCAAUUGUUGUGUCUAAUCUAAAA